CGCCGAACAAAAGCCGGCGCAAUGCAACAACAGUCUGCGCGAAGACACAACACGAUCCAUCAUCCCGCCUCCCUGCCCCGAAGUAAACAACAACGGGGUGUUGCAGCCUGCCUGCCUGCCGCCAAACCCCGGCCUGCACCUGUCGCUAUCACCCCAGCAUCGCCAACCCCGGUUUUGCUUGACCAUAGCUAGUCGGAUUACUGCCAAUCUGCGGAACCACCGCACCCAAGCUUGGACACCAGACGCGUCUCGGUCUUUGUCUUGCACUUGCACCACCAUCAACGGUGUCGGCCGAAAUGGCGCCUCGACCAUCCCUGGCAAGGCGCACCCUCGCGCCGCAAGGCGAGCACAUCUACGAGCUCGGCGUGGUGGGGAGGAAAACCGGCGUGACCGUGCCCGACUCGGGCGUACGCGAUGAACAUGGCAUGGAACCCCUCGAGAACUUGUUUUCGUCACCCGGCAAGUCAGACCAUGAGGAGGAGCAGGAGGGAGCCUCGGACGAGGAUGGAAGCGGCGAGGAGGCGAUGGACAUAACUACAACGUCUGGAAUUGGCCCAGCCGCGCUGCUCAACGGCCACGGGACUAGGUUACCCGUGCCCACGUCGCGCGUCCGUUCGCCAGCGAAGACGUUCCUGAACUCUCCCGCCCAACGAAACCGACUCCUCGCGCGCAACUCGUCGUCACCGGCCCGUGCUGCGGUCGUUAGAGACAACGGCUUCAAGUCGAGUAGCCAGCCGACAGGCGAUAACGUCGCAAAGCGCCGCAUCGAUUUCCAGAGCGUCGCAAGUGGAGGCCCGCAUUCUCUGUCUCAGCCCGUCCAGGGGAGCUAUCUCGGAGCCGGUAAGAGUCUCGCGAAUGGCCGCCGCUUGCAGCCUCUGCACCAGGAUGAGGAUGAAGAACAGGGGAGUGAGAACGGCGGAGAGCGCGACGAGGUGGACGACUUCGUGGAAGAAUCCAUGGCCAUGUUGAAUGACGGUGACGAUCACGACCUUCCGGAACAGCCAGAUCCUGAACCGGCACAAGAUGAAGAUGACGAGGAUCCGCCCACCCCCGCUGCCCAGAAGAAGCGCGGUCGGCCACAGAAGCAGAAGGACACAGCGCCAGCUAGACCCGCGAACUCCCUCAAGAAGUCUGCCGGGACCGUUGCUGCGGAGAGAGAUGCUGAAGACGGCCAGGAAGAUGCUGAGCACUCGGAUGAGGAGCAAGAGCCGACGCCUAAGCCACAGAAACCGGCGCCGGGAAAACGAGGACGACCGCCCAAAGCUGGCAAGGACGCAGCCCCCGUUGCGGCGCAACCCCUUGCUCGAGGAGGAAAGAAGCGGCGGUCGCUAGAUCAGGAGGAAGAGUCCACCGCCAGAGAACCGUCACCCGAGCCCCAGCCAAAACGCCAGCGCACCUCGCCAGCCGACAACGCCAAAAAGCCCGGCCCGAAAAAGCCCGCCGGCCCUCCAAGCAAGAAGAGUCCCGAACAGGGCACGGCAAGCAAAGCGACCAAAGGCCGACGACGCAAAUCCUCCAUCGAACCGGGCGACGUGUCCCAAGUGGCCAUCGCGCGGCGGCCGCCGCUGCCCAAGUCCCGCGGCCUGCUCAUCAACCGCCGCGAGGUGCCGGGCGACGCCUCCAGCGCCAUCUUCCGCACGCGGUCCGGGCGCAACUCGUACAAGCCGCUCGCCUACUGGCGCAACGAGCGCGUCGAGUUCGACAUGGACGAGGCCGAGGACGCCUUCGCGGGCCGCACGCACCGCGGCCGCUUCGUCCUGCCCCGCAUCAAGGAGGUCGUGCGGGUCGACGAGCCCGAGCCCGAGCCGCCGCGGCACAGGUCGUCGCGCCGCGGUGGCGGCGGCGCUGGCAGGCGGCGGGGGAGGAGGAGUCGGGGGUUCGACGGCGACGGCGACGACGAUGACGGCCCCGCCGAGCUGUGGGAGCUCGACCCGGGGACCGUCACGGGCGAGGUGGUCGUCUGGCAGCCCGAGUACGAGUUCAACCCGCCGGCGCCCAACGACCUGGUCAGCGUCAUGGACAAGCAGCUGGCCAUCAGCGGCGCGGCCAUCAAGACCACCGAGGUGGUCGGCGGCGAGUUCCGGUACGCCAAGGUGUUCAGCGAAGGGUUCAUCGGCGCCGGCGUCGUCGACCUGCCGCCCGGGUCCGUCAAGCGGCUCAAGAACUCGCGCAAGGUCUUCAUGAUCUUCUUUGUCCACGUCGGCCGGGUGCUGGUGACCGUUCAGGAGACGAGUUUCCGCAUCAGCAAGGGCGGGAUAUUCAUCGUGCCGAGGUACAACGAGUACACAAUAGAGAACGACUAUGACAACCCCGCCCGCAUCUUCUUCUCGCAAGGGCAAGAGGUGGCUGCCCGGCCGCCUGCGGAAGAACAAGAAGAAGAAGCGGCGGAGGGCGAGGAGGAUGCGGAUGAGGAGGCGGAGGCUACCGCAGGGGAAGAGGAGGCGGCUAGCGAGGAGGAGUAGAAGUGUCCCACUUAGCUUUCUGUACGGUGAACGUCGAACGGGCGGCUGUAAUGGUUUAGGAGUAUAGGGGCAAAUUGAUGCUGGGGGUUGGGGGGGUCUGGGUUUUGGUUGGGUUAUCAGUACAUACUAUGGUCACAGAGUUCAUGUCGGUGGAAUCAAGCGGACUGCAAAGUUAUCAUCAACCCGAGAUGUCCAUCGCGGUUUACUUUCGUC